AUGUCCGAAAUUCAAAGUGCGACCAUGGAAUACGGACCCGAAAUAUUUGCCAAUAAUUUUUGGGUAAGCGCAUUCCUAAUCGUUGAACUAGGUAAAGACGAAGUCGGGUACGAAGUUCUCAUUGAACGUCUAAAACAAGCAAAGCGAACAUGCGAAGAAAUUAAGGCUAUGUACCAUGAAAGAGCACUUAUCGAAGAAGAAUAUGCGAAACGAUUAUCAAAGCUUUCAAAGAUUCCUCUAGGGAAAGAUGAAACUGGUAUACUAAGAGAAGCCCUGGAAGUAGCGAGAUUAGAAUUGGAAGAAAAUGCGAAAGAUCAUAUGAACCUUUCUCAUAAAAUGAAACUAGAGCUCGAGCAAGAACUGUCAAAUUUUAUGAUCAAACAAAAAGAGAAAAGGAAAUCACAACAAUCAAUUGCCGAGAGAAGUCUCAGAAAUAAGCAAGGACAGGCUGCACUUAUGCAAAAAGCAAAAGAAAAAUAUGAGGCAGAGUGUAUCAAGAUAGCGGCAUUGUUAUCAUCCAAGGCUACGGUUGUAGGAAAGGAAUUGGAAAAGCUUAAUCUGAAGAUCGAAAAAGCUCAGAUAUCGGCUAAGGCUGCUGGUAAGGAUUUUUACUUGAAUUGCUAUUUGAUAAACUACAUAUCCCUAAUUUGGCACGCUUGCAAAGAUCAAGAAUACAUGCAGAUGGUCAAAACGUUGGCUGAUGCGACUGAAAUGUGGAAUUAUGACUGGAGGUUGUCGUGUGAUAAAUUUCAAGAUUUGGAAGAGGAACGAAUUGAUUAUUUGAAGAUAUCCUUGUGGAAUUAUACAAAUCUCGUGUCUACUGUAUGCGUGGCUGAUGAUGAGUCUUGCGAGCGCAUUCGGGUUUCCUUGGAAAACUGCAAUCCGGAGAGAGAUAUUCUUAUCUUUAUCCAGGAACGCGGGACCGGACCAGAAAUUCCAGAACCACCAGCGUAUGUAAAUUUUUAUGCGGAUUCGAAAGAGAACGGUUCUCGUUUUAAGAGAGCCGCUUUUGAUAAAUAUUCGACGCAUGAAAACCGAGUCGAGGAAGUGGAAUCAGAGCACUCUCAAAGUAUGACGCCAAGCCAACAACUGCCGGAAAACAAUGGAAUCAAAUAUCCUCAAAGUAAACAUGCGUUAUAUAAUUACCUUCCAGAAGACAACAUAUCUCAUUACAGUAGCAAAAUGUCAGAAAGGGCCUCUUUGUAUGCCAAUAUGUCACCAUCCAGUACCAUUAAACCUCUUCCCCCAGAUAUAACUGACGAUGAAAUAAUGGAUGAAUCUAUUGAUCCUAACAGACCGCAAAUGCUUUCCGUCGGUUCUAAUGUUCUGGAAGUACAAACGAGCGUUGAAAGAAACAUUUAUGGUAGCACUAAAAAUGAUGAAAACAUUAUUGAAAAAGCUAUCGCAGACAUGAGUAAAUUAGAUGAAGUCAUUGAAAAGAAAGAAAUUUCAGUUCAAGAAACAGUAACGCCAUCACCUUUGAAUGAUAUAGUACGCGAAAAGGUAGAGCAAACACCGAAAGUGGCACAAUAUUUAAAUGAUAACCUUGUGAAACCAGAACCUUAUCAUUUAGACAAGCCUCAGCCAGUCAUACCUAGCGAACAAAAUCCCCAGCAACAAAAUCCCCAGCAGAGAAAUCCACCCAUUAAUCUGAAUCCUGAUCAAUCAACCGAAUCGAAGUCCAACCCUCUUCAGCAAAUACCUGUUCACCAACAAAACAUUCAGCCAACUGAGCCGAAAUCGGCGCCAACAUCUCAGGCCAAUUCUCCAUCUCCCGUCACCUUCCCACAUAGACUUGUUCAUCAUCGUUCAUCAACAUCAAAUUAUUCGUCAUAUCAGAAACUAUCUGGAACACCUUCUGUAGUGUCUUCUACCCAAAGUUUGAAACCACUGCCUGUAGAGGGCCCCGGAGAUUUGAGGUGCCGACCGUCCACGGACUACGGCCCGGUUUCAUCACAGCAACAACAAAUUCAGGAAAACCUUGCGGCCCUGGUGAUUUACGAAGAUCUCCGAGCAACUCUAGUGAACAGUCUUCACAGUCUCAGCAAAUUUUUACCCAAUCUCAACAUAACUCUUCGAUCAUUUCUGAACGACAGGGGGCAGUCAUCUUUCAUUCAGGUCAACGAAGAAGUUCUUCUCCAAACAUUCACCAAAUUCAACAAGGCAUACGUGGCAAAUGACGGAAGAUUACCGCCGAUCAACCCUAUUCAACAGCAACCAGGCAGACAAGCUUAUAACAGUUACGCACCUUUGCAGAGCAAUCCUGCAAAUCACCAUCCAGGACUGAUUCGUCCUGUCGUGAAUUUCGGGCGACCCCCGGCUGCUGGCAGUUACAUGUCUUCCCCAACAAAUAUCAUAUCUCAAUCAUCUUUUCGUGAUAUGUCAUCACCUAAAAUACCGAGAAAUAAUACAGUUGGCUCAAAUGAUACCUUCGAUCUACAGAAUCGACGAAGCACGUUUUCAGGACCAAUUGGUCUUCAGCAAUUUCCACAACACAAACUACGGCCUGAUUACCCAAAUCCUAAUCUUUACGCGACCACAAGAGCGGAAUAUCACAGUCGAACGAUGCCAGCACGCUAUGCACAAAUUACCAACGAGCAAAAGAUUCAGCGAACAGACGACGGAAGGCCCAUUCGAUUUUACGUGAGAGCUCUGUUUGAUUACUUGGCUCAACAACCUGAUGAAAUUCCAAUGACAGCAGGUGACAUAAUAGCCGUUUUGAGUACAGAUCCCGAUGGUUGGUGGGAGGGAGAGGUAUUAGAUGAGAAGAGAAAAAAGAGAGGCAUCUUUCCUAGUAAUUAUACCGAAGUAUUAAAGGAUUGGAUUUCAUGA